AUGGCAGAACUUGCUCCAGCCGCCCCCGCCGAGGCAGCCCCCGCCCCGGCCAAAGCCCCCAAGAAGAAGGCCACCAAAACGGCCGCGAAGAAGAAGACCGGACCCACCGCCAGCGAGCUGGUUCUGAAUGCUGUGGCCCUCUCCAAGGAGAGGAAAGGUAUGUCAUAUCAGGCACUGAAGAAGGCUUUGGCUCUUCAAGGCUGCGAUAAUCCCGUUCAGGUGAAACGCGCAGUGAAAUCCCUCUGUGCGAAGAACCUGCUACUCCAGACUAAAGGUACCGGAGCUUCUGGAUCAUUCAAGGCGGUGAAGAAGGCCGCUGAGAAGCCCAAGAAAGCAGCGAAGAAGCCCGCUGAUAAAGUGAAGAAACCUGCAGCAAAGAAACCCGCUGCUAAGAAAACUUCAGCCGUUAAGAAGACCACCGCCGUGAAGAAACCCAAAGCAGCCAAGACUACGCCCAAGAAGGCGAAGCCAGCGUCGACCAAGAAGUCCGCAAAGAGCCCGAAGAAGGCGAAGGCAGCCGCCCCCAAGAAGAAGGCAGCCCCCGCGAAGAAAGCAGCGAAGGCCGCCAAACCUGCCAAGAAACCCGCAGCGAAGAAACCAGCAAAAGCAAAGAAGUAA